AUGGCGAGCGAUGGCCCACACACGGAUAGCGGCGCCAAUCCUGUCGUGGCCGACGUUCCCAGCGAAUUGCGGCCCGACGCACCAGAGCAGCCUUAUGAGCAGAAAAUAGACACACCAUUCGAUAGCGAGGAACCGUCUCCUAAGCGCAUGCGCAAAUGGAAGAUCAGCCGGAGAAAUCCGAACAACUGGAGCAGCAAUGGGUGCCCAUGGAUACCGACGAUCAACCUGCUGAUCCCACUCUGGCAGUCACUGUGUCUGACACACUACCAUUGCCUUUUGCUUUGGAGCCCUCAGAGCCAGUUGCACCCGCACCCGCUCCCGUUCUGGUCGAAGUUGCAGCUCCCCUACGGUCGCCAUUUCAGAUCAAUUCCAGAGGCAGCGACAGAGCCAGUGCUGGCACCAGCUCCCGAGCCGGAAGUAGCACCUACCCAGUACUGGGAUCUGUACCAGCUUCGGUUUCAGAGCCAGCUCUGCAAAGCCAAAACAGAGCCAAUCUCAGUCUCGGUCCCCCUCCCAGUUCAAGUAUACACCCCAGCAUCGGCACUGGCGCCGGCGCAAGAACAAGCCAUGUCGCCUCCCUCAGCCUUCACACCAAUGCAUGUAUCCAACUCGCGCGCGGAGAUCAUGCAGACCGUGUCUAUCAUGACCAAGGAGCAGCACAAGUACUGCACAGCCAUGAUCCGCGCCCUUAAAAGGCACCGCGACGCAGGCCCGUUUCUCAACCCGGUUGAUAUCGUCGCGCUCAAUAUUCCCGACUACCCGACGAUCGUCACAUUCCCCAUGGAUCUGGGCACGAUCGAAAAGAAGCUAAAGUUCCGGCAAUACCAAGAUACUCAAGCGUUCUGCGACGACCUGCGGCUAAUGUUCAACAACUGCUACAUUUAUAACGGCCGCGAGUCGUCCCAGCUCAAGAAGAUGCCUACUGGCAUCGACACUGCCCUCGCGGAGCACAACCGGCGAGCGAUGCUAGAGGCGGGCUCUCGCACACCAAACUCUGCCUCGGCUAUCCGGCCGAAGCGCGACGCGCACCCACCACCCAGCCGCGAUCUGCCCAACAUGCAGAGGAAGAAGUCGCGUACCGCCGAUCCACAGCUAAAGUUCUGUCUCAAUAUGGUCAAGGAGUUUUUGAAGAAGGCCAACUUCAAUAUCACCUACCCGUUCCUCGAGCCUGUCGAUCCGGUCGCGAUGAACUGCCCCGAUUACUUUUCGGUAAUCACAGAGCCCAUGGAUUUGUCAACCAUAAAGUCCAAGCUCGAGGGCGAAAUGUACGCCAGCCCGCUGGAGUUUGAGUCGGACAUGCGGCUGAUGCUGCGCAACUGCUACGCAUACAACCCGCCGGCCAUCCAGUUCACGAGGCUGGCCGCGCCCUGGAGGCACGCUUUGAUUCCAAUGGACCGAGCUCCCCUCAUUCGGCUCCAGCCAGUCGCCUGCUUCGUACUCGGGCGGCGGCGAAGGGAAUUUGACAAGCAUGUCUAUGGUGUUGACGAUGACAUUGACGUUGAUGCCGCCAGCCAGGCCUCGCAUGUCGACGAGAUCCGCGACCUAGAGAUGAAGGUGCAGAACAUGGCACGCCAGAUUGAGGAGCUCCGGCGCGUCGACAGCACUGGACGCCACCGCAGCACACCCCGUCGCCCGAGCGUGAGCUCUGCCAGGUCAACCACCCGAUCCCCACCACCGAUGUCGGCAUCAGUCAACCAGACGCACCACCAUCCGGGCUCUGCCAAUGCCUCACCAAUAUACGCCACGUCGCCACCGGUGCACUCGCCCAUGUCGCCCAUGCCGACCACCAGGGGCAGGGGUCGCGGCCGCGGCCGCGGCCGUGGAUCGCGCGGCGGAGCUGCUGCCAUGGCCCGCGAAGACUUUGACGCUGGUGCAUUCGGGUCACACACACCGACCGGCUCAGGUCGGGGGCGCGGGCGCCGUCGCCGUGGCAGCAUCGAGUCUCUCGAGCUAACCAUUGAGCAGAAGCGUGCGCUCAGCUCGCGCAUUGAGGACCUGGACUCCAACAGGCUGCGCGUGGCGCUGAUGAUCAUCAAAUCGGCGUACCCCGAUCUCAACGAGGAGGAGGAUGAGAUCGAGUUGGAUAUCGACUCGCUCGACCACUUCACUCUGCGCAAGCUGUACGAGUAUGUGGUCCUAGACCGCGAGGAGGCGGCCAGCGAGGCCGUCCAGCGCAACAACUCACAGCACGCUGCAAAAAAGGCCCAAGCGGCUGCAGCCGCCGAUCCUCCCGAAGAGGCCGAGCAGCACCGCAUGAGCCAGCUGGACGAGAAGCUGAAGCGUUUGGACUCUUCGAAGCCAGCCCACAAGCACGGAAAUUCGGGUCGCGCCAAGGGAUCGAAUAUCGACUUGAGCUCUAGCGGGGAAAGCGGAUCGUCGGAUACCGAGGACUCAGCUCUCAAACGCACCAUGCGCAAAAUUCUCAAGCAGAACGCGCGCGCCGGCAGCAUGGUGGGGGUUGGGCGCGACGCCCCCUUGGUGCAAGCGGGCGUGCGGCGGCACAACUCUGUUUCCCGCGAGGGCAGUCGGCGGAGCAGCACCUCGCGGCCGCCCACCGACAUUCUGGCCCAUCUGCAGGAGCUCAAGGCCAAGAGCGCCAGCAGCGCUGGCGCAAACAACCAGCCCCUGACUGCCGAAGAAGAGAAGAGCAGAAAGGAGCGGUUGGCCAGAGACGAGCGAAUGGCACUGCAGUACCGCGAACAACUCAAGUCCCGACUUCAGGAUAUCAAUGCCUCUGCGAUUGAUCUGGGGUCGCAAAAGGCCACAAUGGCGCGGUUUGAGCGGCAGAUGCUUGGAUCCAGCUCGCCUCGGGAGAUGGAGCAGCUGGAGCUCGAGCGAAUCAACGGCGUCAGGUCGCUGAUCGGACUCCCCGCGCUCGCUCCUCCACCUACACUGGGCAAUGCUGGCGGCGGCAGCGGCGGCGGCGUACGCCAGUCAAGGCCCGGCACGCCGAUGUACGUGGGUUCUUCACCCUCGAACAUCCCGUCUCCAUACCACUACCCAUCCGCUCCAUCACACGCGUCUGCGGGCAAGCCGAGUGCUAGGCCGCACCGCUACCAACAUGAUCGCUCCUCCAGUUUUGGCGAGCAUCAGGCCACUGGUGCAUUCGGUGGACAUAACUCGCGGCCUCAGGUGGCAGGCUCCCACCAUGGCCCAGUUUGCUUCUGGCAGGGCCGACAGCGGCAGGGGCAUGCGCCACAUGGCCAACACGCCGACGAGGAUGACGACGAAGUGCAGGACAUGGACUUGGGCAUGGAGGACGGCGAGCUGUCCGAGGAAGGCGAACUGGCAGAGUAG